CAGUACUGGUUUCCAUAGCCGACCUGAUUGAUACAAAUUCUCAGGUCAAGGUGAACCACACUCUCAUGGGAACCUUGUUUUUAUAUAGCAGAAAAGGCAAAAAUGAAACGAACACCAACGUAGCCUUUUGAAUUGAUCAUCGGGGUGAUCGAACUGAGCCAGUUCUGGUUUGAAGAUCGUACGAUCAACAUCGCGAAGAUGCGCUUGAUCUUGUUGAUGACUAUUGCAGUAGGGUUUGUCAUAGGAGCAGUUUGGUGUGAUUCAAAUGUGACUCAUCCGCAUAGCUCCAGUGCGAUGGCAGGAGGAUUUUCGUUCGAGAUGAUCUUGACAAAGCUGCAGCUGCUCGAGCACCAGCUCAUGAACAAUGACAUAGAAGUUCACGAACGGAUCACCGUGUUAUCAUCGAAUGUGGGUAAAUUGGUAACAACCGUGGAACAGUUAUCUUGGGUUGUCCAGCAGACGGGAGAAACAGUCAACCAAAUGAGUUUUAAUGGCAAGCUUAUUGGUCAAAACCUGAGUUUCAUCCAGCGUGAUCUUAAAGAUGUUAUAGCGCAGCAGCAGCUGCUUCUCACAAGCCGACAGUUUGGGGACUACUUAAUGCAAGCUGGUUGUAAAACAAACAAUCUAUCACAAAUCGUUACGCACCGUGAAAGCAGAUACACCUCUUGCAGCAACUUGCCCUUUCACGUGUCCGGCAUAUAUCAGAUUCAACCGGAAAAACCCUUCAAGCAACCAAUGACGGUUUUGUGCGACCAGGAGUACGAAUCCGGCGGAUGGACAGUGAUUCAGCAUCGCUUCGACGGUUCGGUGAACUUCUACCGCGACUGGAACGAGUACAAAGAAGGAUUCGGCCAUCUGGAGGGCGAGUUCUGGUUGGGCUUGGAUCGCAUCUAUCAACUAACCGGUUCAACGCCACAUGAGCUUGUUGUGCUGCUGGAGGACUACGAUGGCAAUAACACGUAUGCCAAGUACGACCUGUUCGAGAUUGGAAAUGAGCAGCAAAGGUAUGCGAUUACAAAAAUCGGCGAAUACUCCGGUACGGCUGGAGACUCGAUGGGCGAGCUGAAUGGUAUGAAGUUCUCCACGCUCGACUCGGACAACGACACCUGGGGUGAUAGCUGUGCCGUUACCUACUUCGGGGCCUGGUGGUAUGGGGCUUGUCACAAGAGCAAUCUGAACGGAAAGUAUUUGCGAGGAGAGACGAAAGAGUACGCGUCCGGGAUGGUGUGGUAUACGUUCCGUGGACAUCAUUAUUCGUUGAAGUCGUCAAAGAUGAUGAUAAAACCCAAAGCUAAGAUCCCAUAAGCAGAUAUUACCGUUGAAGCGUCACCCGACUCUUGUAAACAUCCGGUAGCGUGCUUGCUACGGUUGCUUCAUGCUGAAUCAAAGCGUUUGUCCGAUCGGUCGUCGGAAUCAACCUCCAUUAUCUUUAUUCAACUGAAUCAACUUCAAUAAAUUAUGAUUGUAUUACAUAACUAAGUCUAUGGUGACUAAUUCCACAUUGUCACACA